AUGGCGCGAAAUCGAGUUUCGCUGCUAUCCAUAGUGGUGCUAUUGUGGGUUGGCACCUGCUGGGGAUGUGCCGCUGUGUCCGAGCCAACGUUGGUGGGUCUGCUGGAGCACGAUCUUGAGGACAUGAUCGAGUGGGUCCGUAUCCCAACUGCGGCUGGUGAGUGGAUCUGGACCCACCGGAAGGCGAUUGGUUCCGUGCUGAUGCAACGACUUUCUCACCUGCAACCGAGUGACAUCGAAUUCCUGCUAUACACCAGACAGGACAUCGACAAUACAGGCCAUCGGUUGGAGUUGGAUAAUGUCGUCGAAUCUCUCGCUGGAUCCAACUUCAGAUCCGCUCGACCAACAAGGAUUGUGGUGCAUGGUUGGCUCAAUAGCAAGAAUUCCCCGAUCGCCGAGAACAUCCGAGACGCGUACCUGCUCCAGUGGGACUUCAACGUGAUCGUGGUGGACUGGUCGGCAUGUGCGAUGCACUGGAACUACGUCCAGGCCGUCGGGUGUGUGCCCACCGUUGGCCAAUCGCUCGCUCAGCUGCUGGAUGAACUCCAACGCCAUACAGGUCUCGUGCUAGAGAACGUGUACAUUGUCGGACACAGUCUUGGAGCUCAUGUGGCCGGAAUCGCCGGAAAAACCGUGCAGACUGGUGAAAUCCACACGAUCGUGGCCCUCGAUCCAGCACUGCCACUAUUCUCGCUCCACAAACCGGCUAACCGUAUUGGACCCUCAGACGCCAAGUACGUGGAGGUGAUACACACCAAUGGCGGAUCGCUCGGACUGUUGCAGCCGAUCGGAACGGCUGACUUCUACCCAAACGGUGGAUCGCGCCAACCCGGAUGUGGACUCGACGUGAUCGGGUUGUGCUCGCACACACGUGCCUGGGAGCUGUUCGUAGAGACGCUGCUGGAGGAACCCGAGAAACUGCUAGCAAACCAAAUCGAUUCGCUGGAUCAACUGUAUCGGCCGACUCUCCUGAGCAGGCAGUCUGCGAUCGAACAAGCAAAGAUGGGUGGCGAACCGUCUAGCGCCGGACAAGCUCGGGGGAUAUACUCCAUCAGCACGCGCGAGAAAAGCCCAUUCUUCUGCUGA